AUGACCAAAUCGCGUAACAUUCCUCUUACACGAAAGAAUCCUGUGCAUGUUCGAACCUACCCAAAUGAGGAUGUGGUCCCCUCUAUGCCGAGUAGACAUAGCCACAUCAACGAGACGGCCUACGUGAGAAUGCUAAAAGAGGAGGAACAGAUGGACAUGAUUUUCAAUAUCACUGUCAGCGCCGCAAAUUGGGCUCUGCUUGCCGGCUAUUUGGUGGUUCCCGGCACAUUCACCUCGCUGCAAAAUUCGAAUGAGGUGGAAAAGGUUUUGCAAACAAACAAAGCCGGUCGGACUGCUUUACACACGAUCCAGAACCCCCCAUUACUCGCUAUUGCAUGUUUACUCCUCGUCAGUGGCAUUGCAGCUUUUGUAUGGUUGCUACGAUUUCCGAAACUCAGAGGGAAUUACCUAUGGCUGAUCAAUAAGAUGUUUGCUCCUGUGACUUUAAAUGCCGCUGCCGGGCUGCUGACUACAAUAAUUAAUGUCUGCACAUCUCAAGGGGGGGACUGGUCGGUAAUGGCCAUUGCAACAACUGUUGUCACUGGGGCAACUCUUGUCUCUUUCCUGACUCUUCUAGUGGUUUAUAAGUUUUACAAGCUAGAGAGAGUGAGGCAGGAGGAUGAGCUAGUUACUCAUGCCAACCCAUCACCGAAGCCCAAUAUCGAAAUUACCGUUCGUCAUUGA